AUGACAGAACCUAAUCUUCAGGAAAUUGAACAGUUCCUCUACCGCGAGGCGCGACUGCUGGACAACCGCCAAUUUCACCAAUGGCUGGAAUUGCUGGCCGAGGACGUGCGGUACUGGAUGCCAUGCGGACAUCCCGACGAGGCCCAGCAGGACCCCCGCGAUCUGACGGAACCUGACGAACUGGUGGUCAUUGAUGAAGACAUGGAUAGCCUGCGUCGGCGUAUUGAACGUCUGGACAGCGGUUUUGCCUGGGCAGAGGACCCUCCUUCGCGUACCCGCCACUUCAUUUCCAAUGUUGAGCUUGAGUCCACGGAAAGUCCCGACGAGGUCAAAGUCUAUUCCAACUUCAUAAUGUACCGAACCAGGGGAGAACGGGAAGAGGACUUCUACGUGGGGAGUCGUGAGGACAUCCUGCGCCGGUCCGAAAAGGGCUGGCUAAUCGCCUAUCGUAGAAUAAUACUUGACCAGACUGUUAUCUCUGCCAAGAACGUCAGUAAUUUUUUCUGA